AUGGCAAAAAUACAUCCUAAUUAUUGCACACUUUCAUCUUCAUCAUCAUCCUCGUCAUCUUUCUGUUCAAGCCAAAGAGAAACAUACACAGUAUGGAUGAAAUCACUUGUGCUAAACUCAAACGGGUAUACAGUUUACGACUCAAAUGGAAAAGUCGUUUUUCGUAUAGAUAAUUACGAUAGCAAGUGUAGCAGUGAAGUUUAUUUGAUGGAUCUUCAGGGUCGCGUUGUAUGCACCAUACUUAGAAAGAAACUACUUGCAUUCGGGCUCUGGGAUUGUCAUAACGAUACAGAUUCUAGUAGUAGACCAUGGUUUAAAGUUGGAAAAACUUUCGAUUUAUUCAAUCAUAAUAAAGAAUCUGUGUACGACGUUAUAUUUGGUACCAAUAAUGAUGAACAAAGUAAAAGUAGCUUGAACCAUAGAAUACAAGGAUCGGUUCACAAUCUGCAGGAGUUCAAGAUAAUUGAUGGUCAAGAAAGAGUCGCGGCUGAGGUAAGAAGAAAGCGAUCACCUACUUCAGGGGUCGUGUUGGGUGAAGACGUGUUGUGCGUGACCGUCGAGCCUUUUGUGGAUCACAUCUUUGUAAUGGCCCUAGUCGCAAUACAUGGAUUGAUCCAUCACAAAAUGUAG